CAAACAACCAUAUUAACAUUCACAACAGCGCAGCACACGCCAUGGCAACAUUCACUUCCAGCAUUAGGCCCUCCACGCACGCACGCUUUUUCUUUUUUUUUUCCUUUCCCCCCUUCUUCCUCUUUCAUUUCCAUGUUUCUCCCACGUCUACGUUCUCCCCUUGUCCAUGUCUGUUGUUCUCUUCUUCACCGUUUCAUCUCUCACCACGUGACGUCUCUAGCCCCUACCACCAGCACCUGCACGUUGAGCAAAGAACAUUGUGUUCGAGCUCACAGUCUCUCACUUUGGUAUCCUUUCUUGAAAGACAAAGAUAUCUGUCAUUUUCAUCAUGUCCUCCCAGAAGAGAUCGUUGCCUUUCCGGCCCUCGAAGCGUCCAUCCAAACGGACGGCGAGGAAUCGUCGAAGCAAUGACGAUGACGCUGAGGAAGUAUUCAAUUCUCCGUACCAGGAUCCUAAUAUUCCUGAGAUUGUUAGGUCUCAGUUGCCGUCAGGUGGAAGGGCAUCUCGUACGCAACUGGCGUGGCAUCUGCCGCCGAUGCAUACCCUUGACGACAUCUAUAAGUCGAUCACAGGGGUAGCGUUGAAGCUCGGAUUUGAUCGCGCCUUGUCUCAUUUGGGAGCAAGGCCUUUGCGUGUUGUCACUGUCUGCUCGGGGACUGAGAGUCCACUUCUGGCUCUUGAGAUGGUACAAAAGAAUCUUCGUGAACACUUCAAUAUGUCAUUUGAAUUUCACCACCUCUUUAGCGCCGAAAUCGUUCCCUUCAAGCAGGCGUAUAUUGAGCGAAAUUUCCAUCCCCAGUUUAUCUUUCGUGAUGUAGAGGAGCUCAAGGACCGGGUCGCACAAACGGCCUAUGGGUCUCUAGAGAAGAUCCCUAAGAAUCCCGACAUCCUGAUUGCCGGCUUUUCCUGUGUGGACUUCUCGACGCUGAAUAACAAGCGAAAGACAUUGGAUCAGAAAGGCGAAUCCGGAGGCACCUUCUGGGGAAUUGUUCGCUAUGCCGCGACCUACAGGCCUCGCUUGGUCAUUCUAGAAAAUGUAAGGACCGCCCCGUGGGAGAAGAUCAAACAGCACUGGGACGAAAUCAACUAUGUCGCCACCUACGUGGAUGUCGACACGAAGGCUUUUUAUCUCCCCCAGACGCGUGAACGAGGGUAUAUGUUCUGCGUGGACAGAGAGGCCAUGAGGAAGCAGAAUCUGUCCGAUUCCGACAUGAUGGGUUGGGCGCAGCUUGUUGGCGACUUCAAGCGUCCUGCAAGUUCGCCGGCGGGUAUGUUCCUUGUAGGUGCCGACGAUAAGAGAUUGGAACAAAUCGAAAAGGACAUGUCGACCCGGAUGAAACCCUCUCGGACCGCAGUCAAUUGGGCAAAGUAUCAAGUCCGUCACCAAGGCUACCGCCUGAGCAAUGCCCUCGGGCAUAAGCGCCCAGUGAGCAGGUCCCAGGACGACGGUACGUGCGAGAUGCCAGACUUUAUGUGGCAAGCGUGGGUCAAGUCCUUACCGGAGCGAAUCUGGGACACCUUGGAUAUGAACUUCUUGCGCAAGCUCGUCGAAGGAUAUGAUAUGCACCACAAGGAACGAUUUAUCGAACUCUCUCAGGGUGUCGAUCGCGAGGUAGAAAUACGUGCGUUUGGCAUCCUUGGCUGCAUCACUCCCUGUGGCAUCCCAUUUCUCACCACAAGGGGAGGACCACUCUGUGGCCUUGAAUCACUUGCACUGCAAGGCUUGCCACUCGAAAGGCUUCUCCUGACUCGAGAAUCUCAGCGCGAACUGCAAGACCUUGCAGGGAAUGCGAUGAGCUCGACCGUCGUUGGCGCAGCAGUCCUCGCUGCAUUGAUUGUUGGAUACAAGGUUCUGAAGAGAGGGGACCAGUCUGCAGCUCACAAUGUUCGUAGCACAAAGCACAAAGGCAUCACACCUCAGAGUGGACACAAGAUGACACCAAAGGACAUACACCUCUGCGAUAUUGCUCACCUUGAUGUCUUGGAACUUCAAGACCAGGCCGCUAGUAGCGCAAGGUAUUGUGUCUGUGAGAGACAAACCGCCAUCAGAGCGAGUAUCUUGAAAUGUACCUUGUGUCACCACACAGCCUGCUCCGAGUGCGGCGGCAAUCCGGCACAUGCGUACGAGCGUUGGAGCAGUCUCAAACGAACGAAACCCUUGGAUUUUGUCAGUCGGCUGAGGCGUAGUCUGCCGGCUAGACUGGUGGUGUCUGGCCUUUCUCGCGACUGUUAUACCGGCUUGAUCGGGGCUGUAGCUGAUAAUCUCCCUUCAGAGGUCGCGGACCACUUUUUGGAAGCAAUUGCUUUGGCCAUUGGUGACGAACUCCGGCUAUUGGACAUCAAACGGAGUGAAGUCUGGACCGUCCAUUAUGAGGGCGCACAUUCCGCUCUGCACUUGGUCAUUGGUGAAACUGGCAUGAGUUGGCUCUUUUUUGCAAAGCCGUCCGACUCCGCUCCCACUUUGUGUAUGAUCCGAGAGAUUCUGUCAAAGCCGAUUGCUCGCAUGACAUCUGGAUCCAGUUCUUUCUUGGAUGGCAAUUGGGAGGUUUGUGCGCCGCUGAGUUCCAAGCGAACGCUGUACUUCUCCGGAGUGGGACCGCAAGUCCCAUCAUACGAAGCGAGAUGCGGUCUUCAGCUAGACAAAUUCGUGGAUUCCAAAUCUUGGACGCACAUUCAGGUCGAGGGAUCGGAUGAGGCAGUGGUAGGUCUGGGGGUAGAUGUCCGUGGAAUUUAUGAUUCUCUGCCAGAUUGCGGAACGGCAAAUGCAUGCUUGCACAAGAGGUCGGCUCGCAACGAUGGUCCUCCAGUGUAUCUAUUCCUCGAUCCGACAAAGCUGGGGGCUCCGAAAAAUGACUCUUUCGUUUUCGCCUGGGAGCAUCGGCGUGUUCCGGGAUACACCACGAGGCUCACCAUUGCGGAAGUGUCCCAUACAUGGCGCUCUGCCAAAGCCACCGAGGACCCGAGGCCGGUGGACGUCUAUUUUCGCCAAUGGAUGCAGGUGCCAGCCAUGGCUUUGAAUCCCUAUGCCCCGGCCGCCCCCAUCCCCUGCUAUCAGCUGGAUACGGAGAACAGUAUUUCCAUUGGCCGCUCGGGAUGCCAGGAUGCCAAUAUCACCUUGCUUCAGUUCAAGCCCCCCACGACAGCCCUUGAGACAGGGUGGAAGGACGGUUCGUGGCAAGUCAUCAACCCAACCGACUCACCUUCCUCGCUGAAGGAUUUCGGCUGGCUGUUGCAAAAAGCGGCCGACGUCUGGGAGUUUCAAGACUGGAAUGAGGUCGCCGAGACCCAGAGCCUGACUAAAAGCGCAGAGUCGGAAUGUGCCUGCGUGCCAUUGAAGCCACGGAUUCUGUGGGGGCGAGACCGACGGGGUUGGAUCAAAGCAUAUGAGGAUCCCCACGAUGCCGCACUUUAUGCUCGCCAGGUCAAGGCAAAGCCGCCCGCGUUUCUGAUCUUUCGUCGAGUCGAUGACCAAGGAGUUGGUGACCUGCGCGUCACCCUCAACGUGCAAACGCUGCUACACCAGGCCUACGAUCGAUUAGUUCGUGACAAUAUUGCGAAAGGAGUAUCAUUUCAAUGGCGCCUGAUCCCUAACUCAUAUGACACCCGGAAUAUCUCCUUCCCCAAAUUCGAACUGGGGAGUAACCGGAACGACUCGCCAUAUGGUCAGCCACCGGGGUUCCGUCUAGAACUGCGGCCAGAGCAACUGCGGUCUUUGGCUUGGAUGAUCCAGCAAGAGGACGACAAUAUUCUGCCAUUCAUGGAAGAAGAGAUCGAGGAGGCGCUUCUUCCCUCACUGAUGUGGCGCGCUGAGGGACGGGUGACCGUUCCCAAAACCGUGCGGGGAGGCAUUCUGGCCGACGAUGUCGGGUAUGGCAAGACUGCCAUCACUCUGGGCCUGAUCGACUCCUUGCAGGGGAGAGAUCAACAAUCACUUUCAGAGGUCCCCGAAGGCUUUAUUCCCACGAAGGCCACCCUCAUCGUUGUACCUCAUGUCAUGCUGCAGCAGUGGCAGGCCGAAGUCGCUAAAUUUCUGGGCGGCAAACUCAAAGUCUUGGUGUUCAUCUCAGCGGCGUCCUUCAAAAGGACCUCGAUCAGGGACGUUCUGCAGAGCGACAUUAUCUUGGUUUCUUGGGCGCUCUUUAACAAUCAGGGAUAUUACGAGAAGUUGCAAAGGUUCACGGGCACGCCUCGGGUUCCGAGAGCCGCGGGCCGGAAUUUCGAUGCGUGGUUCAAGGAGGCCCAGGCCGCUCUAAGGGACCAGGUCAAGAUCUUGACGAGCCAUGGUCCUACUGCACUGCUCGAUUCAAUCCGCCUCAGGCGGCAGGAUGUUCAAAAUGCCCAGUCCAGUUCCACGUAUUUCCCGUCGAUGCGUCUGAGAGGCAAGAAGUACGUCGAGAGUAACCGGGGGUGGGAGUCCGUCACCAAAGAUGGCCUGCCUUACGCAGAUGUAUCUAGCGAUGAGGCAUCGGAGCCAGAAGACGAACCCGACGCUGAGACGCUGAGGGUGAAAACGGACCAGUGCCUCAAACUUCGGCCAGGAAAGCCUUCGGGAGCGAUGGAGAUGGUUGAUUCAGACGGUGAUGAAACUCAGUAUGAGGAUUCCUCUAGGGAAGCAGACCAAGUUCGACCUGCACCUGUCCGCAAAGUAGGUGGCCAGAAGAGGAAAACGGGCGACUCGGCAGCUGGGAAAAAAGCUGAAAAGGCGUGGGAUGAUCGGAAAGAGUUCAACAUCGGCAAGGGCAAAGAUCAAAGUUGGGAGACUGUCCGGACCCCUCUCCUACAUGCAUUCUCUUUCAACCGUCUUAUUAUCGACGAGUUCACAUAUGCAAAUCCGGAGAGACUCAAUCCCCUUCUUGCCCUCCAGGCGCGGUCCAAAUGGGUUCUGUCAGGAACUCCACCGUUGAACGACUUCGCGGACGUGAAUACGAUAGCCCCGUUCCUCGGAGUCCAUCUCGGCGUGGACGAGGACGAUGUGCAGUCCCAGAAUAAGCGCCUCAAAAUCCUAUGUAAACAGCAAUCGGCUGCCGAGAAGUUCCAGUCCUUCCGAGCACCCCAUAGUGAGGCGUGGCAUAGCCACCGCCAUGAGAUCGCCCAAAGAUUCUUGGACCGGUUUGCACGAAAGAACGUGGCCGAGAUUGACGAAAUUCCCUCUUCGGAGCACAUCGUUCUGAUACACGCGUCCCCUGCGGAGCGAGCAAUCUACCUUGAGCUGUACAAGCAGUUGAUGACAUACAACCGUCAGCUCCGUCGAGGCAGACGGGGUAGAUUCAGCAGUGACCAGGUCGAGCGACUGGACGAGAUCAUUGGUAGCAGCACGACGGCCGAAGAGGCGUUGCUCAAACGCUGCUCAUCCCUUGCCCUUCAGGGUCGUUGGGAUGAUAAUGGACGGCCUGAAAACACGACGUGCGCCUCUCUGAUCGCUACCCGGGAAAAGCAGCUAGACGAUCUCAGAAGCGAUCUCAUGAUGAAAUUGAGAUUGGCAGCAUUUGUUUACUGUGAUUGCGAUCUGAGACAUGAAGCCUUCCAUAAGUUUAUCGAGAGCAUUGCCAGGGACGACUUCGGUGACACGACUGUUACCCAAGAAGUUUAUCUUCUUGUCAAGACAGCGCUCCUCACGUCGAGCGCCGAUGAUUGGAAGUUUUUCUUUGCCGCCCCUGAAGAGCAACUGUCUGAUACCGAGGACACGUCUGAUGAAGAAGCCCAAACUACCUCGGAAGCAGAAAGUGAGAACGAGAUUGAGUCGGUAAAAGACGAAGAGCUCGCUUCUCCUGCUGCGAAAAGGACGAGAGUGGCGAUCGGCCAGAAUCAGGCAAGCCAAAGCCACAAAUCCAGUGGAAGCAAUGGUCCUGGAAAGGAUGAGAGCAAGAACAGCGAGCUGCCCAAGAGGCCUAGUGACCCGGACGACUUCGAGCCAAUCUUAAAAGACAUCACGACAACCAUCCGAGAUCUCAUAGUGGAAUGGAUUCUGCGCGGACGAGCCCUCCGAUUCCUGAAAACUAUCCAUCUCGUACAGACCGGCACCGAGGUUGGCCAAUGUGAUAGCUGCUGCUGUGAACUGGAAACGGUCGAGAACAUGAAUGUCCUGGGCUCUUGCGGCCAUGCGCUUUGCACGGAAUGCAGCGCACAAACAAUGCUGAUGGAAGAAUGCGCCGUUCAGGGAUGUCGGGGCUCUGGCAAGCGAUUCAAUAUCAUCAAGGCAUCCACGCUCGGACGGAAUGAAGUGGACAGGGGGUCCGAUUUCGGAGGAAGCAAGAUGGACGGAAUGAUCGAGAUUGUCCGCAGCAUUCCCUCGAACGAACGAGCCUUACUGUUCAUCCAAUUUCCUGAGCUAAUGGAAGUAGCAUCCAAAGCUCUAGACCUGGCGGGCAUCAAACACGCGGCGAUUUCGGCCACGGAUCGCAGGUCGGCGCAGAAAAUUGAAAAGCUGCAAAGGACAAGCUUCGGAGAUGACAAGGUGUUGAUAUUGAAUCUCGGAAGCGAAAUGGCAGCAGGGUUGAAUCUCCAACGUGCGAACCAUGUUAUCUUUCUGUCGCCUAUGCUCACGCAGACUCAAUAUGAUUGGGAAUCUGCCAUGACCCAAGCCAUCGGACGGUGCCGAAGGUACGGACAAACCCGACACGUCCACAUCUACCAUCUAUUGGUCAAAGGGACCAUGGACGUCAACAUCUUUCAAAGCCGCCGUGAGAAAAUGCUAGUAGAAAGAGAUGGCGAGGCGGUGCUAGUGGACCCGAACGAAGCUUCCAAAAUCGAAGCCAUCAGCUUUCCUCGGGGUCGCACUACAGCUGCACAUAGUGCGACCCCGGGGCACUUGCAGAAGGUUGAUUGGGAAGGAAAAGAGACGUCAGAGUUCUGGCAGGAACCUGCCGCUCUUAUAAGUCUGUGA